AUGAAUAGAUUGGUGAUGAAUUUUCUAGUUACCUUCAGAAUGGAAUCUGGGACAGAGCUUAACCCCUUUAAAUUAUUCUGCAGAUCCAAUUUUGUUGGAGAGAUAGAUCUUGAAACUAUCACAGAUCGUAUUGCGGUUAAGAAGGCGGUGCAGUCUGGUCAUGUGGGGGAUGCAAUUGAAAAAAUUAAUGAUUUGAAUCCCGAGAUACUAGAUACACAUCCCCAACUAUUUUUCCAUCUCCAACUGCAAAGGUUGAUAGAAUUAAUAAGGAAUGGUAAGGUAGACGAGGCAUUGGAAUUUGCUCAAGAGGAACUUGCUCCAAGAGGAGAGGAAAAUUCCCCUUCACAGUCCUCUCACACGUGGGUGGGGCCCAUCACUCCAUGUGAAAGAGGCUGUGAAGGGGGACUCAAAGCUUUUUUAGAAGAAUUGGAGAGGACUGUUGCGUUGCUUGCUUUUGAAGAUGUUACCAGAUGUCCAGUCGAUACUAGAUACACAUCCCCAACUCUUUUUCCAUCUCCAACAGCAAAGUUUGAUAGAAUUAAUAAGGAAUGUUAUCACGAUUUCAGCAAAGCUUUUUUAGAAGAAUUGGAGAGGACUGUUGCGAUGCUUGCUUUUAAAUAUGUUACCAGAUGUCCAGUCGAUCCAAAGCUUCCAAGCUUAUUGAAGAUGCUGAUAUGGGCACAAAACCAACUUGAUGAGAAAGCUGCUUAUCCUCGAAUAAGUGAUUUAUGUACAACUGCACUUGAAGAUCCCGCCGUUUCAAAGCCGCGAACUGUACCUCGUACUUCCAGUUGA